AUGGCUCAACCCUACAGCCCUACAGCUCUACAACCCUACAGCCCUACAACCCUACAGCCCUACAGCCCUACAACCCUACAGCCCUACAACCCUACAGACCUACAACCCUACAAUCCUACAGCCCUACAAUCCUACAGCCCUACAAUCCUACAACCCUACAGCCCUACAGCCCUACAGCCCUACAACCCUACAGCCCUACAACCCUACAACCCUACAGCCCUACAACCCUACAACCCUACCACCCUACAGCCCUACAGCCCUACAACCCUACAGCCCUACAACCCUACAGCCCUACAACCCUACAAUCCUACAGCCCUACAGCCCUACAACCCUACAACACUACAAUCCUACAACCCUACAACACUACAGCCCUACAACCCUACAACACUACAACCCAGAGUAAAGCAUGACAGUAAAGAAUAA